AGUGGGGAGUGGGGAGUGGAGUGUAGAGGGGGUGGCUGAUCCCUCACCAGUGAACAUUGAUAAAAUAAACACAAGCCAGGGGCCAAAGUUCAUUUCUUCUGACACUCGGUGGGAAAGGUCCAAAAGUAGAAUGCUGCGGAAGGGUUCCUUCAUUCUUCAAAGAUAUGCAGUUCCGACAUUCCACAGCUCAGCUCAGAAACAAAGCCUUCAUGAGAGUCUUUUCAAAGUCCACCCAGCUGUGUCAGAAGCCUUGGCGAAUCAGAAGCCAGUUGUGGCUUUAGAAAGCACCAUUAUUACACAUGGCAUGCCCUAUCCUCGUAAUCUGAGCACAGCAAAAGAAGUGGAAGCCAUAGUAAAGGCCAAUGGAGCUACACCUGCCACUAUCGGCGUAUUACAGGGAAGAGUGCAUGUGGGCUUGUCAGAAAAACAGCUUCAGUUUCUGGCUGGUAACUCCUCCUCUCUCAAAGUGUCCUGCAGAGACCUACCCUACGUCAUCAGCAAGGGGCUGUCAGGGGGCACCACUGUAUCAGCCACCAUGCUAGCAGCACACAGAGUGGGGAUCCCGGUGUUUGUGACUGGGGGGAUAGGGGGAGUGCACCGUGGAGGAGAAACUACAUUGGAUAUCAGUGCGGACCUCACUGAGCUUGGCCGCACGCCCAUCGCCGUGGUUUCAGCUGGAGUAAAAUCCAUCCUGGACAUCGGCCGGACUUUAGAAUACUUGGAAACACUGGGUGUCUGCGUUGCCACAUUUGGAAAAUCCAGGGAUUUUCCAGCAUUCUUUUCUCCACAAAGUGGAUUCAGCUCCCCAUACAAUGUGGCAGAUGCCAAAGAGGCCUCAGAGCUUAUUGCACACGCGCUCUCCCUGGGCCUGCAGAGUGGAGUGCUGGUGGCAGUUCCCAUCCCAGAGGAGCAGGCAGCCAAGGGCCAGCAGAUUGAAGCCGGCAUCCAGACCGCCCUGGAAGAAGCCAGAGCCAAAGGUAUAACAGGAAAAGAUGUCACACCCUACAUACUACACAGACUCAGUGUACUGACUCAAGGGAAGUCCCUGGAAGCAAAUGUUUCCCUCAUUCAUAACAAUGCUAAAGUGGGCAGCCAGAUAGCCUGUGCUUUAGCUAAGAUGCAAACAGGAAAAAAGACACCUAUUUCAUUCCUCCAAAAGAAGAAUCGGCGAACCUCUGAUCCAAAAACAGUGGUCAUUGGUGGGAUCAAUGUGGACUUCAUUGCAAAAGGUAAACAGGAGAAGUUACUGUUUGGACAGACCAAUACAGGAAACGUUUGUCAGUCAUUUGGAGGAGUGGGCAGAAAUAUUGCUGACUGUUUGACUCGUCUCGGGGAAGAUGUUCUCUUCAUCUCUGCUAUUGGGUGUGAUAUGCACGCAGAGACCGUUCUGCGUUACUGUCGUCACAUGAACACAAGUGCAGUUGCUAGGAUACAAGGGCAAAGGACUGCAACUUACUGUGCAGUAAUCUCAGAGAAAGGAGAGCUCAGCCUUGGACUGGGUGAUAUGGAUAUUCACCAGCAAAUCACUGAGCAGUAUGUAUCCAAGUUUGAAGAGCAGUUGAUCUCAGCCUCUCUGGUGUGUUUAGAUGGCAAUGUUCCAUCUUCCACCAUUGAAUAUGUUUGUUCAAUUGCAAGGAAGCACGCAGUCCCAGUGUGGUAUGAACCGACUGACACAAACAAAGCCUGCAAACCAUUCCUGUCUGACAGCUGGAAAUCCCUGACUUACACAUCUCCAAAUCUUUCUGAACUGCAGGCAAUGAAUCAGGCCCUUGGAAUCAGUACCCCAGCAGAACUACCAACACUGAUGGAAGAUGUCUUUCAGAGUGCUGUGGCUCUUUCUCGCCCCCUGCUGGAGCACUUGGUCUGUGUUAUAGUGACCCUUGGCCCUCGGGGGGUUGUGAUGUGUAGUAAAAGUGAGGAUGGAACAGUGUGCCUUCAGCCCAGAAAUAAACAGCAGAAUGGUAGACUGUGCGCCAUCCACUACCCAGCAAUUCCCAUCUCAGCAGAAAACAUUGUUAAUGUUUCUGGAGCUGGAGACAGCUUGGCAGCAGGAAUGAUGGCUGGAAUCCUCCGGAAACUUGAUACCGAUAUGUGUGUUAAUAUGGGGCUACUGGCUGCUCAUCUGUCCUUAGGGUCACAUGACCCCGUGGCUCCCUCUCUCAGCACUGACAGCAUCAGCCCAGAGAAAUGUCACAUCCACAGCCGGCCUACUUUAUUGACUGUUAUGAAAUGAAAGUUUUUUUAUUCACUUAAUGUUAAAAAUAUGAAUAAUGAUACUUUGUUUUCACCUAUAUUGUGUUUGCCUGCAUUAUAUCAAAAUAGUGUUGUUAAUCAUAUUGUAAUACAUUACUUAGAGGGUUGUUAAGCAUGUACUGUACAGAGGAUAUACUAAUACAUUUACUAGGCAAGAUCAGGUUACUUAGUGCACAUCUUAAUCAAAAGCAAUUGAUUAAGCAGUGGUAUAGAGUUAAAAGAAUGAAUUGUUUCAGGGUUAUUGCUGCCCUGGAAGGUAGACCUGGUUAAUUCCUGGUCAUACAGGAAUGAUAUCCACCAGGUGAUGAAAGAAAGUUAGUCUUUAUAGUCUUUAGCAGGUCUUGAUAAUAAAGUCAACACAAUGGAUCUUCAGGAUCAACAGGGAAAGGACGCAUCCUAGGGAACAGCUCUAGGAAUUAACAGGAUGUAUACUUUAAGACAGAGAAAUGGAGGCUGUUUACUAAAAGAGCUGUGGAAAUCAGGUGCCUUCACAGCUGUGUUGUUAAAGCAGAUUCCCUGGGAUUCUAGGAGCUAGAUAUGUCAACUGGCCUCCUCUCAUUUAAACUCUUACUCGCAGUCUUAAAGAUGAAAGCAACUGAACGAAAACUGAAAAGCCCAAUGAGAACCCAGACACAAAGUUUAAUCAAUCUAACAUUAAGAAAUGAAACCGACGCAAGUUGUUUGUAUUGAAAUAUGGACAGCCAUUCAUUCUAUUAUCAAAAAAUACUUUUAUCCUUUUUGGUUUUUGAACUUUUUGUGGAAGCCAUUGGAGGGGCUACUUCCUGCAAAUGCCGAUUUCUGACUCUUUGAACAAUAUACAAUUUUCAAAUUUUCAAAAGUUAUUUUUUCUUUCCAAUCAUUUCAAAACCGGAGUGCUUUCAAGAAGUCAGAGCUGUGGGCAGUGGACAAGUGGUGAAGGCUGAAGACGCAGUGUCAGAUCAAGUGGUGGGGGAAGGGUUGUAGGGCAGCAAUGCAGAGAGGUGUUGUUACCAGUCUGGCCAGUCACUGAAUUUGAUGUCUACUUAUGGUACAAGGGUCUUUGCAUUACAGCUUUAAUGUUUGACUGUUAAUGUGAUAUGUCACAUUAGUGGUUGUGGGAAAAUAAAAUGAAGAGGCACAAAAAUAAAAGAACUUGAAGAACUCUGUAAUAUGCCCUCUAGACUUGUGUUUUUGUUGAUGAGUAUUCUUUUCUUUGUGGUUAAUUGCAUGAUGCUUGGCUCGAAAAAUAAGUAAGGACAACUCUCAAAUCUUUUUUGCAGGAAAUGUGCUCCUGAUUUUUUAAAUAAAAGUUAAGGA